AUGCUCCGUCAUCGCUGGAGUCUCUGUGCCGCGGCGGUGACCGCGGCGGCUGGAAAGGCGGGUGAGUUGGCCAACACCUACCCCUCUAAAUCGCCGUCGUCCCUCACGCAUGCCGUAGAGUCUGUUUUGCCGAUGCCGGUGUACUUGAAGCCGUCAAGCAGCCCACACCGCAAGGCUAGUUUUUAUUUUCCCCGCAUGCGUGAAAAAUGCCCCCCUGGCUAUGCGUUUCAGCCCAGCUCGCUCGGUACUGCCUUGCCACUGUUCAGCAUCACAUCUUCCUCGUGCGAGUACUACGCCUUACGGCUGCCGCUCUUGAAGGCUGGGUUCCGCCGUGUUCCUGCGGAGGCGCUUGACGUGGCGAGCAACCUCGUGUGGGGACGCUCCAUGCCGUUCUGCGAGAUGCUUCGCAACCGCCAGUCGGUCCCUCUCCUCGACUUCCCCUCCGCUAGUACGCCUGAGCAGGCAGCCUACGUUGAGAAGUUUCGCCUGAUACACACCCACCAACGGCACAACCACUUCCCGCUGAGCCACGCCAACCUCGGCUGCAAGCGAGGGAUGGCGGCAAAUCUACGCCGCGCCUUCAAGGAUGCCAUGCAAUACGCCACCACACCAGGAGGCCGGGAGGCAGUGCAAACACGCUACAACUAUAUGCCACAGACCUGGUUCUAUCCCCAGGAGCGGGAGAGCCUGGUGGCUGCUAUGAGAGCGGCUCAGAGCAACCGGCACUUCAUAUGGAAGCCUGCUCGGGGCAGCUGUGGCCGGGGCAUCUUCAUCUCUCAGGGCGGCGCAGCGCACGCGCUCUCAUGGGAGCGCAUUAUGGCAGACAUCGAGGGCAAGGCAGCCUCUAAGGAAACACGGAGACUCUUCAGCAGCUACGUGGUGCAGGAGUACAUUGAAAACCCUCUUCUCAUUGCGGGUCGUAAGAUGGAUCUGCGGCUGUACGUCGCUGUCACCUCGUACGACCCACUCACCGUCUACUGGCACGAGGAGGGGCUGGUACGCUUUGCCGCUGAGUCGUACACCGACUUGACUAGCACACCAUCGUCGCGCAUCGAUGUGAGCGGCGUGGGGGCGGGAGAGGAGACCCUUUUACCAGGUUCGCUGGCUGGUAGCGCUGGAUGCGACGGCGACGCCUCUUGCAACAAGAGAAACCGCAGCGGCAGGGCGGCUCUGUCAGAGCAGUGCAUAACGCACGUGCAUGACCGAUUCCGUCACCUGACGAACUACUCGGUCGGAAGACGCUACAUUGCCAUGCAGUACCAGGGCCGUGCGGUGCUAUCCUUGCCAGAGGAAGACAGCGCGGUUGACGGAGAUGCAACUCUCGCAGAAUGCGCUGCAGUCGCGCCUGAACUCAAAUGGUCGCUUCAGCGACUGUGGGACUACAUUGAUGCUCGUAGUGAAAGCACACCGACGAGCCUAGCAGGGGCAAGGACACCGACUCGCCGCCCCUCCGAUGCGGUGCGCGAAGAAAUCGCUCAGCUGAUUACACGUACCCUGAUUGCGGUGCGGCCGGUCAUCAACGACGCCAUCCGACGCGUGCCGAUGCCGGGCAGCUAUUUUGAACUCUACGGCUUCGAUGUCAUGCUCGACGCGGACCUCAACCCGUUUCUCAUUGAAGUCAACACGCUGCCAUCGCUUGAGAGUAGCUCGGCGUUCGACUACGCCACCAAGACAAAUGUGACGGCCGAUCUGCUCAAUUUGGUCAUGCUGGAGCCGUUCGAGCGAAACAUGACACCGGGCAGCACGCUCUGGAGCUCGUCCCAGCUGCGCGAGGAACUACACCGACCUCUCACAGCAAAGGAGCGUGGGGUUUUUCACGCAGCUGAGAUGAGUGACGCUCAUAGAACUGCUUGCGGCAGUGCCGAACGAACUCGCGAGGACGUGGAGCUGCGCAUGAAGGACGAACUCGCUUACGCACGCGGCUUCCACCGCAUCUUCCCUGCGAAGCCGCUUUCAGGCUCGUCUUCAGAGAGGGUAGAAGCGGGAAGCUCAGCCAGCUUCUCAGGCUUGUCAGCACCUUCGACUCUGCCCCAGCCACUGGACUCGUUGGCGAUGUGCCCCUCCUACCUGGCGGACAUGCGCGCCUAUGAAUUGCAGGGCCUUUUCACCGAAAAGGAUAGUUGGGCGUUGGUGUCGUGA